UCUCUCUCUCUUCCGUUCGUCCCAAUUCAUUGUUCCCGUGAUCCUUUUAUUGUUAAUCCGGGCUGUGCAUUCAUUCUAUUGUAUUGCAUUGCAUCUUUCUCUUACCCAGCAUCUUAUUUUCGCUCGUUUCAUUUACUAUUAUAAGGCUUAAACAAACCUUCUUCCCCCCCUAUACCUACCUAUACGUAAUUUCUAGAAGAUAUUAAAGUAAACUUUAAUUAGAAUAUUACCCAAAUCUUUCAGGGGAAGAUAACCCAAGAUGCGGUUCCUGUCGUAUUGGGUGUUUCCCAUCAUAUCCGGCCUCAUGUGGCUGGCGACGUUAUUAGGCCUUCUUCUAUACUGGAUCAUAGACGCCCACCGAGUUCACUAUGCGUCCAUGGACGACGACCAGACCAUUGCCUACAUAUCGGACGUCGGCGCUUCCAAGCUGAAGCCCUUGUUCGUCACGGGAUGCAUCAUCACCACCAUAUUCCUUGAUCUGUCCUUCGGGGCUGACCGCUGGUUGCGGCAUCGCGGUCGCCUGGUGCCCAACACCUCUACCGGUGAGAAAGUGCUGAGCGGCCUGUGCAUCUUUUUCGCCGUGGUUGGCACGGUUGGCCUGACUUGUCUCUCCGGGUUCGAUACACUCCGGUACCCGAAGCUGCACGACAUCUUCCUCCUGCUCUUCAUUGCAGGGUAUCUCUUAUCAGCCAUCUUCAUCUGCUGGGAAUUCCAGCGUCUAGGUCAUAAGAACCGUCAGCACCGUGUCCUGCGCAUUUCAUUCUGGAUCAAGGUAAUAUUCAUCAUCAUCGAGCUCGCUCUGGCCAUCGCCUUCGGCGUGAUUAACUUCCGGGGGGACCCCAACACGUCCGCCGUCCUCGAGUGGGUUAUCGCCUUCGUAUUCUCGUUCUACGUCUUCUCCUUCUACAUCGACUUAUACCCUGCUGUCUCUACCCGGAACAACCCGCACCCAAUCGGAGAUCCCGCUCGACAGAUGGAAGAGACCUAUUACGCAACGCAUCCCAGCGUCGCGCCUACACAAAGGCAAACCCAGGACAGCCAGAGGACGUUAACAGACGGCCACAGCCACGGACACGGACACGGAUACGGACACCAAUACAAAGCAAGAACAGACCAAAGAGAUUUCUAAGCGCCUCUGCUUUUUUGUAAUGGUUAUGUGUAACUUUACUUUCGGUAGAACAACAAUGCCGAGUUAGUUUGGGAACGGCACUAGAUCACGAUGAUAAUGAUAUAUACCAGGGAUUAGAAGGACCAAGGACACGGCAUUUACUCGCGGCGUUUGAUGGCCCAGUUGGAGUAAAGUGAUUCCAAUUUUGGAUACAGCAUAGGUUAGACCUGUGGCUAUAAUUCCGUUGUUCGUUCUCUCGGGAGUGAUUGCGGUUUUAAGAACUGUUCGGCAGGUACAGCCGACAUAUUGAGUAUACGACAGCAGACUUUUCACGAUAUAGCAUUAAUCUGUACGACAGAAACAGGCGGCGUGUGUUAAAUGAUACAAAUAUUUUCUGUUACACAAGGUAACAAAUAUGUAAACAUAAUAUUGGAAUCUUUAACAAGCCUCAAAUUUAAUCAAAAAUGACAAACAUCAGUAUUUAGU